AUGUUUCAAAGAAAUCAGGGACCUACAUUUGGACUCGGCAAUACAAGAACAAGAUUAGGUUAUCAAACCAAUAUUGGUGGUCAUCCUCAAUGGGAAAUAGUAAGUGGCAAGGUCAUUUCAUCUAGAAAUGCUACUGAUGUAUUUCAUGGCAAUGAAAUAUUAGAAGUGUCGGUUGUCAAUGCUUCAUUAAUGGAUGCGCCAAGUGUUUUAUUGGGACGACAGAAAAUACAAUUACAAUCUGGUCAACGAUUUCCAAUUAGAUUUCAAUUCUAUUAUGAUAAAUCACGAGCAGGACCAGGUCAUGGUGGUCGUACAAUGCAAGCAAGAAUUACGAAUUACAACGGUCAGUUAUUGUAUAUUAAUGAUACACAAACACCAUUAAAACACAAUGUCAAAAUUGAUGUUAAACAAGUAUGA